AUGGCCUCCUCCUCUUGGGCUCUUGCCCUGGUUCUUGCGCUGUCGGUCGGUGCAAGCGUGGCGCGUGGCUCCGAGCCCUGGCGGAACGAGACGCAGGUGUACGCCACCACCGCCAGCUCCGGUGGCAGCAACGGCGUCUUCGUCGGCCUCACCCUCAUCCAGUCGGCGGCGGCCAAGGGAGCGGUGUGCUUGGAUGGAAGCUUACCAGGUUACCACCUGCACAGAGGGUUUGGAUCAGGAGCAAACAGUUGGCUCGUCAAUCUUGAGGGUGGAGGCUGGUGCAAUGAUGUCAGCAGCUGUGUGUUCCACAAGGGCAGUCGUCGGGGAUCAUCAAAUCACAUGGAGAGGCAACUCCAGUUUACAGGGAUAAUGAGUAACAGACCUGAAGAGAAUCCCGAUUUCUACAACUGGAACAGAGCGAAGGUCCGGUACUGUGAUGGUGGAUCUUUCACUGGUGAUGGUUCUGAUGCGGCUGCAGGCCUUUAUUUCCGAGGUCAGCGCAUUUGGCAGGCCGCUAUGGAUGACCUAAUGGCCCAAGGAAUGCGUUAUGCUAAUCAGGCCCUUCUUUCUGGAUGCUCUGCUGGUGGUGUUUCUACCAUACUUCACUGUGAUGAAUUCCAUGGAUUGUUUCCAUCAAAUACGAGAGUCAAAUGCCUGGCUGAUGCUGGAAUGUUUCUUGACACUGUUGAUGUUUCUGGCCGUCGGGAAAUGAGAUCUUUUUUCAAUGGCAUCGUGAGAUUGCAGGGUUCUGGAAGAAGCUUGCCUAGGUCUUGCACCUCACGCAUGGACAAAACCUCGUGCUUUUUCCCGCAGAAUGUGUUGCCAACCAUUCAAACCCCAACUUUUGUUUUGAACACUGCCUAUGACGUGUGGCAGCUUCAACAAAGUGUGGCCCCCAGGACAGCUGAUCCCCAAGGUCUUUGGUCAAAGUGUAGGACGAACCAUGCCUUCUGUAAUAGCAACCAGCUUCAAUUUUUGCAAGGGUUCAGGAACCAAAUGCUCGACGCCGUGAGGGGUUUCUCUGCGUCAAGGCAAAAUGGUUUGUUCAUCAACUCAUGUUUUGCUCAUUGCCAGAGUGAGAGACAGGAUACUUGGUACGCAAACAACUCGCCACGUCUUGGUAACAAGAAAAUCGCUGACGCUGUUGGGGAUUGGUUCUUCGAGAGGGGAGACGCGAAGUACACAGACUGCCCAUACCCUUGCGAUGGCACUUGCCAUCAUCUUGUGUUCAGGGGAGACCAUUAA